AUGAGAGUAUUAAGAUUCAAGCAUAUCUUUUUGGGGAACUUUAAUGAGUCCAAUGAAGCAUUCCAGAUAGUGCUCGCCUUCCUUCUGAUUCCAUGUUGCUUAGCUCAAGAUUACAGAGCACGUCCUAUUUUACCAAAGGUGUCUUUCCUCUGGGCAUGGAAUGCCCCGACUGAACCUUGUGUUGGAGCAUCUAAUCAGCCCCUGGAUCUGAGCCUGUUCACUUUAAUAGGAAGCCCCCGGAAAGAUGCCUUAGGGCAAGAUGUUACAAUAUUUUACGUGGAUAGACUUGGCUACUAUCCCUACAUAGAUCACAAAGGCAAGCUUGUGAAUGGAGGAAUCCCUCAGAAGGGCUCCUUACAAAACCAUUUGGACAAAGCUAGGAAUGACAUUAUAUAUUAUAUUCCAAAGGACAAAGUGGGCAUGGCUGUCAUCGACUGGGAAGAAUGGAGGCCCACAUGGGCGAGAAACUGGAGACCUAAAGAUAUUUAUAGGAAUCUCUCUAUUGACUAUGUUCAGCAAAAAAAUGCAACCCUUAGUGUUGCAGAGGCUACCAAGAUAGCCAAGGAUGAAUUUGAGACGAUAGGAAAGGCUUUCAUGCUAGACACUUUAAGGUUGGGGAUAUCAAUUCGACCAAAGCAUUAUUGGGGAUAUUAUCUUUUCCCUGAUUGUUAUAACACUCAUUAUAAACAAGCUAAUUACAAUGGAAGUUGCUUUUAUAUAGAAAAGAAAAGAAAUGAUGAUCUUGAGUGGUUGUGGAAGGAAAGCACUGCCCUUUACCCAUCUAUUUAUUUGAACACACAAAUGACUCCUGAUCGAGGUGCGCUUUAUGUGCGAAACCGAGUUCAUGAAGCCAUUAGGGUUUCCAAAGUACGUAAUGCUGCCGACCCACUUCCAGUUUUCGUAUAUACCCGCCUAGUUUUUACAGAUGACGUUAUGAAAUUCCUUUCUGAGGAAGACCUUGUACAUACAUUUGGUGAAACUAUUUCACAGGGUGCCUCUGGAAUUGUAAUUUGGGGAAGCCUUACUUUACUGAGAGCUGCGACAGCUUGCUUGGACCUAGAGAAUUACAUGCAAAAAACAGUGAAUCCUUACAUAAUUAACGCCUCCCUAGCAGCCAAAAUGUGUAGCCAAGUGCUUUGUGCGGAGCAAGGUGUGUGUACAAGGAAAGACUGGAAUUCAGAUGCCUAUCUUCACCUGAAUCCCCAUAAUUUUGCUAUUCAGAUGUCAACAGAUGGACAGUACUUAGUAAGUGGAAAACCCACAAUUGAUGACCUACAGGAACUUGCUGAUAAUUUUCAAUGCACCUGUUUUACCAACACGACUUGUGAGACCAGAACUAAUGUAACAGACGUUAGUAGUAUUAAUGUGUGUAUUAAUGAUGGUCUUUGUAUAGAUGCCUUACUAAAAGUAGAACCUGGUGAGCAUUCUGAAUUGGAGGACGGACUUUUUGUCACUUCCCAUGUUCACUCUUUCUUCACAUCAGUUACCACAAUGGUCUUUUUAAACAUUUUCAUCAGUUUUACAGUGAAUUUGUAA